GAAAUAUCCACUUGGAGCUCAAAUAAUUCUUUCUAGAAUCAUUCUAGUAUCUCAGUUCUUAAUAUUCAUUUACAUUCAACGAUAUAUAAGAUGACAGACAAGAAAGGCCCUGGCAAAGCUGACCAAGAAAUGGAUUGUUCCUCUUCAGCGCCAACAGAGCUUCCUCCUUCAUAUGAUAUCACUCUAUCUCAAUCUGAGUCUCAACAAGAUCAAUUACAAGCCACGGAAGACUUUCCUACUCUGGUUCUUGAUGGCACAAACAUCUACUCCCUAUACGCGCCUAAUCGCAUACUCUAUCAACUUAGCAAUGCACCAUACGACGCCACUCGGAAAAUCUAUGCCAUUGAGAAACUACGAUACCGCAUGACGAAUGGCGGCUCUGAACAAAAGCUAAAACACACUGUCGAUCAUAUCUACGACUUCAGGCACGGCAUCUCGAUAGAGUCAUACAAACAAAUCACUAUCCUGGGACAGACGAGUCGGAAGCGUACUUAUCCCAACAUGAUCAUGCACCGCUGUCUCAAUGGCUGCCACACGAUUUGCGAAGGUGGCCAAGUGAAGCUCACCCCAGACUAUGUACUCAAAGCAGAGUCCCCUCUGAAAGAUCGGCUGAAUCAAGGGAAGAAUAACACCACCACAUGGAAAGACGAGAAGGGAGAGGUGGUUGCCAUUGAGACGAAACUCCAGCGUGAUGAGAAUGGUAGCAUACAAGAGCUUCCAAGGCUUGCCAUCAAGGCUAGGAUUGAAGAGAAGCUGUAUGAUCUGUUGGUCACUUCUUGGUGUGCACAUGUCUGGAAGGAUGCCCAGAAGGAUUUGAAAGAGCCAAUGAGUUGGGAUAAAUUCAAACGGAUUGCAUCGACCAUGCCAAAUAAAUCAGCAGGUAUAUACGGCGGGGCCGGAAUCGGCGGUGCUUCAUUAGGCUUCUAAUCUAUCCGAAAUGCCUUUAUCCAAGAUGUGAUAAUGUGACAGCGAGAUUACAAAAUACGAAAAUC